AUGCAGGAUGAGGUCAACAAGGUCACUGUGACUCUGUUUCAAACCAGCUACCAGUACUCCUUAAAUAAGAGCAGAGUCAGGACUGUCCAGCGACGAGACCAAGGCGUGUCUGGAGAUCAGGUCUCUAUCGUGGUGGAUGGGGUCCAAGUGGCGUUGCCGUCCUACGAAGAAGCAGUGUACGGCAGCACAGGGAACUGCAUCCCGCCCUCGGACUCCCGCGUGCAGAUCGUGCUCUCAGAGGGGGCCGGGCAGAACGGAGCCAGAGAGAUGCAGCAGCAGCAGGACCAAGGGGCUCGCAGUAGCUUUGAAAGAGAAGAUGAAGCCCCUGGACAUUCUGGACUGUGUGAAGCCAGCGGCUCUCAGCGCUCUGAAACUGUUCUUGUGCAUCAGGCUGCUACCUCUUCCUGGGUAGCCGGCAUGGUUAGCAGUAGAGCUGCUCACAAAGAGGUCCAAGAUUCAGAAGGCAGUGACAUACAAAGCCUUUUAUCGCUCACUUCCUCUGAGGAAUACACAGAUGAUAUUCCCUUACUGAAGGAAGCAUGAGGCCUGCUGUGUUUGUCUAGCCUUCUCCCUCUUGGAUUUCGUCCUCCUCCCCUUCUCCUGCCUUUGGGACAGAAGCACUCUGUGCAGCCUUCCCCGUCCUCGCGAGCUGUACCCUGGAUACCUCCAAGCAGAGACGCCCUCAAGCUGAAGAUCCAAAGGAUGUCGCCAGGUUGCCUCCUGGAUGCACCAGUGGGGUUGGUGCAGCGCUGGCUUCCCCAUUCCAUCUGCAGCGGGGGCUCAAGGAACAGAAUGGAUUUGAGCUCUCCUCUCCUCUUCCCCAGCCAGAUGUUUGACAGCAGCCUCUGAAGAGCUGCUCUUUUCUCGUGCCUUUCUCCUCCUCACACCGGCUUGUUGCAGCUUAUCAGCCUCUCCAGCCCUUCUGCUGCCCAGAGAGCAGGGGCUAAGGCCGCUUGCUCACUGGGUGUAGACACUU